AGAGAAUUCACUAUAACACCCUUUUGCAACGUACGAAGACUAUAAAGUAGUCGGGUACUACGAAUAGACAUAAAGUUACAAGUAUGGAUUAUCUUCUUGGUAUCGUUGGCGACGGCUUCACCGUUAUGGUGGCCGAUAAAACCGCUGCUCGCAGUAUUAUGGUUCUACGACAAGAUUUCGACAAGAUGGUCACGCUUAAUAAAAAUACACUCAUGUCACUUGCCGGACCCAUUGGCGACUGCACGGUGUUUGGCGAGUACAUCAGAGCGAAUGUACAGCUAUUUGAGUUGCGCCAGGGUGUGCCAAUGACAUCGCACGCCUGUGCCAACUUCACAAGAAACGAGCUGGCGAAGGCUCUUAGAAGUCGAAAUGCAUAUCAAUGCUUCUCUCUGAUCGGUGGGUUUGACGAGGAAACGGGACAGGCGUCACUACACUGGAUGGACUAUCUUGCAUCCAUGCACAAACUCCAGUACGGAGCACACGGUUACGGAGCUGCCUUCACACUCGGUUUACUGGACAAGCGAUACAAGCCGAAUAUGACGCUGGACGAAGUGAUCGAGAUUGUAAAGGCCUGCAUGCUGGAGCUUAAGACGCGUUUUAUCAUUAGCUUGAAGGACUUCACCUUCCGAGUGGUAGACAAGGACGGUAUUAGAGAACUGACCGUGGAAUUGUAGAUUUAAACGCUAAAUUAUAAAUUCUCAUUCGUUGUCCCCGCGACCGGCAAGCCAUAUAUCUGUAUAUCGAAUUAAAUAAGAUUGGAUUGGAUCUGAAAGGAGAAGAUGUAUCGCAGAUCCACGACCCAUAUAAAUCUGUCGUCGUACACGAGUUACAUUAUCUCAGACACAUCCAAAAGACCCCCUUGUGUCGAAUUAAAAUCUCAAACUUGUUCCGAA